CACUUUAUAUUAUUUUUAAUUACAAAUAUUUACACUGUAAAAAAGAUAAACAAAAGAAAUAAUAUUUUUCAGUUCACCUCAUACCAGUACUGUAGUACAAUCUCUGUAUUGUGGAAGUGCAACUUACAAAUGUAGGAAUUUUCUUUGUUAUAUAACUGCACUCAAAAAAAAAAAGUCAAACUUCAGAGCCUACAAGUCCACCCAGUCCUACUUCUUGUUCAGCCAAUUGCUAAGAUACACAGGUUUGUUUACAUUUGCAGGAGAUAAUGCUGCCCAUGUCUUAUUUACAAUGUCACCUAAAAGUGAAAACAGAUGUUCACAUGGCACUUUUGUAGCUGGCAUUGCAAAAUAUUUACGUGCCAGAUACGCUAAACAUUCGUACGCCCCUCAUGCUUCGGCCACCAUGCCAUUCUGUACAUUUUGUAUUCUGCGUUGUAAUUGGAAUCAAGAUAUUUGAAAAUGUAGAAAACAUCCAAAAAUAUUUAAAUAAAUGGUAUCCUAUUAUUGUUUAACAGGGCGAUUAAAACUGCAAUUAAUCGUUUGACAGCCCUAAUAUAUUUACAGCUUCAUUCAUAUCUUCCAAGGAGAAUAUCACUGCUGGUCCAUCACUUGCUGAUUGAACGCUGCUUCCAGAGGAGCAUCUAUUUGCUGAACUGUGAUUCCUGCUAACCCAGGGAAGCAAUGGUCGGACUGAAGCCCACAGAAAUCCCUCCAACUGCUACUGUUAAGUUCCUGGGUGCUGGGACAGCAGCAUGCAUAGCAGAUCUCUGCACCUUCCCUCUGGACACUGCGAAAGUCAGACUGCAGAUCCAGGGAGAGUCCAAGCCUACCAAGAGCAUGAAGACCAUCCACUAUAAGGGUGUCUUUGGCACAAUCACCACCAUGGUGAAGACGGAAGGUCCCAAGAGCCUUUACAAUGGCCUGGUGGCUGGGCUCCAGCGUCAGAUGAGCUUUGCUUCCAUUCGUAUUGGGCUGUACGACUCCGUGAAACAAUUCUACACCUCCACGGGAUCGGAGAAUGCCGGUAUUCUCACCCGGUUGCUGGCUGGCUGCACCACCGGAGCCAUGGCAGUCACGUGUGCCCAGCCGACCGACGUGGUCAAGGUGCGAUUCCAAGCCCAAGUGAGGCUGACGGAGGGAACCAAGAAAUACAGCGGGACUGUGGAUGCCUACAAAACCAUCGCCAAGGAGGAAGGGGUCAGAGGCCUCUGGAAAGGGACGUUACCCAACAUCACCCGCAACGCCAUCGUGAACUGCGGAGAGAUGGUUACCUAUGACCUCCUCAAGGAGAUGCUGCUGAAAUAUCAUCUAAUGACAGACACUUUUCCUUGCCAUUUCGUCGCUGCUUUCGGAGCUGGGUUCUGCGCCACUGUGGUGGCUUCUCCCGUCGACGUCGUGAAGACGAGAUACAUGAAUUCCACCCCCGGCCAAUACAGAAAUGCCUUGAACUGUAUGCUCACCAUGGUGAUCCUGGAAGGACCCACAGCAUUUUACAAGGGGUUCAUGCCCUCAUUCCUGCGGCUGGGAUCCUGGAACGUGGUGAUGUUUGUGACCUACGAGCAGCUGAAACGCGCCAUGAUGCUGGCCCAGGAGACGUGGGCAUCUCCAUCCUAAGCCCCAGGGAGGUCUCUGGGAUGAGACGACAGAGGACAGCAUGGGGGCUCCCAUGGAUUCUCCUCUCCCAGGCAAAGCUUGCAGAGCUGGCUCUUGCUGCUGAACUUUGACUGGGACAUACGCUCCCAGCCACUGAGGUGGGGGCAUGCAGCUUUGGAUGGACUGUCCGGAGACA